AUGGAGCAUAGGGUUGACCACAUCCAGCCAGAACAUGGACGAAAUCUACACCCUGUCAAUGCUUUAAAUGACAUGGGGGCACUACAGAGAAUGAUCAGGGAGGUGAUGGAGCCUGAAGCCAGAAAAGGAGAGAGGCCCACCUACAGAAAGCCUUAUCCGACUUAUAUUGAUCAAAUACCUCUAUCCCCGGGUUUCAAGGUGCCAAACUUCACCUUGCUCAAUGGAGAAGAUCACCAUGCUUCAUCAGUUGAGCGUAUAGGCAGGUUCUCUGUCCAGUGCAUAGCCAUAGAAAAUAACCCUCUGUUAAAGCUAAGGCUUUUUGGAAAUUCUCUCUCUGGACAAGCUUUCACCUGGUACACCAGUCUACCAGCCAAUUCCGUUCAAACUUGGGAUUAG